CAGGUGUUAGUGCUGUUCGUUACUGUCAUGGCUACCUUCUCUGUGGAGCCCCAACCACCUCCAACAGGAGCUGAACCAAUGAUGUUGGGUUCACCUACUUCCCCAAAGCCAGGAGUGAAUGCACAUUUCUUACCUGGCUUGUUAAUGGGAGAUUUGACAGCUCCAGGGACUCCCCAACCUUGAUCUUUCAGUCGCCCUUCUGUUGGGAUUAUGGAAAUGAGGUCACCUUUACUUGCAGGUGGAUCUCCACCUCAACCAGUUGUACCAUCUCAUAAAGAUAAAAGUGGAGCACCACCAGUUAGAAGUAUCUAUGAUGAUAUUUCCAGCCCAGGACUUGGAUCAACACCUUUAUCUUCAAGAAGACAGUCCAACAUUUCAGUAAUGCAGAGUCCCUUGGUUGGAGUUAUGCCAGUUUCCCCAGGAACAGGUCCAGGAGUGUUCAGUCCAGCAAAUAUUGGUCAGCCACGAAAGACUGCUCUGUCUCCUGCUCAGGUGGAUCCCUUUUAUUCUCAAGGAGAUUCUCUGACUUCAGAUGAUCAUCUUGAUGACACUUGGGUAACUGCAUUUGGAUUUCCUCAAGCAUCUGCUUCUUAUAUACUCCUACAGUUUGCACAGUAUGGAAACAUAUUAAAACAUAUGAUGUCUAACACAGGGAAUUGGAUGCAUAUUUGUUAUCAAUCCAAACUUCAGGCCUGGAAAGCCUUAAGCAAAGAUGGGAGAAAUUUUGGAGAGUCCAUAAUGAUUGAAGUAAAGCCUUGUAUAGAUAAAAGCAUUAUGGAAAGCUCUGAUAGAUGCACUGUAUAUUCUCCAGGAUCAGCCUUCACACCACCAAUCAAAACUUUAGGCACACCAGUACAACCUUUAAGCACUCCUAGAACUUCUACCAUGAGACCUCUUACUACCGCUUAUAAAGCCUCUACUAGUGACUAUCAGGUUGUUUCUGACAGUCAAACUCCGAGAAAAGAUGAAAGUCUUGUAUCUAAAGCAAUGGAAUAUAUGUUUGGUUGGUAG